AAAAGUCAAAGAAAAGUAUUUCUAUUUUUUUUCUGUGAAAACUUCGAGUGUUAAAAAUGAGGGACUAUCCUUCGGUGCCGAAUGUCUUUCGUGUGGCCUCAACGCACAGCAUUAAUAGCGAAAAUCCCUAUAAUAAUGCCAAGAACUUGAAAGUCAUUAGCAAUCAAAAUAACUCGAAUUCCAAUACAAAAAGUCAAGAGUCGCAACCAAAACCUUUGGCAAUGCAUCAACUAACAACUAGUGCUUCUAUAGAGAGAAGUAAUUCAACUCAACAUCAGCAGCAGCAACAGCAACAGCCACAGAAGCAACUUCAACCACAACAAUCGCCAUAUGCAACAUUGCCGAGGGGACAGCGAUUCGUUUCCCAGCCACAUCAACAAACUGGAGUGAUCAACACCAUUUCUGGCAGUAUUCCUGCCACAGGAUUUGGUUCUAUGGCUGGCAGCUUCAGUGAUCUGCAACUCAACAAUAUUGGCAACAACAGGAGACAGCAGCAGCAACAGCGACAAGUAACUGGCUUUGGAAAUUACAAAACACCAAAUGAAUUGCAACAUCAGCAGCAGCAACAGCAGAAACAGCAACAACAGCAAAUACAAUUGCAACAUCAGCAGCAGCAGCAGCAACAUAUUCUAAGACAACAGCAACAUCAUUUGGGAGGCGGAAUUGUGGGCAUGCCCGAUCAUCAGGGCGGUAUCAGCAAUAUGGUCAACACCAGUGGAGGCUACCUGUGGCUACUCACACCCGUGGCAGCCAGCAUAUCGGUGGCCAUUGUCAUCGCCGCCCUGGCCGGACCCCAAUGGCUCUUCACGGAGGAGAAGCUACCCAAUUCCAACUACAAUGGUACGGCCAACUUCAAUGCCCUGGACGACGGCGCCUACAUCACCAAAUAUACCAAGUCCAGUCUCUGGAUAUUGUGCACCACCCUGCCAGGCCUGGAUGUGGACUCAUAUAAUUGCAUUAAAAUUGACUAUUUUCCUAAAGAAGGCUACCAACCAGAUCCACAUGACUCGACGCCGGCAAUACCCUAUACUGUCACCAAAUCAUGUCCCAUUUUCCUGGCCGCAGGUGUGUUUUUGGUGAUCAGCUUUAUUGUAUUUUUGAUUCCUACCUGUUCGCAUCAAAAUAAUUUAUAUUAUUUUAGUGCUGGGAUACUGUUUAUUGUUAGUGGUUUGGUUAUGCUCAUUGGCUUGAUUGCUUAUAUUUCCAUAUUGAAAGCGGAAAUUGGGUCAAAGUUGAGGCCUCGAUCGACCCUACAACCGGCUCUGUUUAAAGUUACUUAUGGACAAAGCUUUUUCCUCUUCGUUUGUGGAUUUAUUGUCACGGAAUUUGUGGGUGUUUUGAAUAUAUUUUUAUUUAUUAAUCUACAGGAAGUGAAUUAUUAUAGUCGAUUGCCCUGCUUCAGUGUUGCCAACAUCCAGGCCAAGUUCAAGGAGGGCGCCAACCAGCAUCCAUUGAGUCAGUCCUACAAGCGGUACAAGCAGCCGGGCACCCUGGGCAGUCAGGACGGGCUGCAAAGACCACGGCCGAGGGGCGAUAAUCUGCAGAACUCCUCCAGGAAUGCCAACACUCAUCAUCCUCAGCAGUCCCAGUCACAGCCAGGUUCGAGAAUCGUGCGUAGCGGUGGAAAUCCGCGCCAGCAUCAGGUACACGAUGCUAGGACACGACCUCCAGGACAUCAUCCGGGCAGUUAUGGCCAUCCGGGUCAGACCCAGACUCUGCCAGGAGCCUGCCGGAAGCAUCCCAAUGCCGGUUCCAAUUUGAACCUGUAUCUUCACAAUGACUUGGACAGGCGUUUCUAUUUUGAAAAACCCGCUGUCUCGAAAUGUAAUCUCCACUCUCGGAGCUUCGCCAAAUCAUUGAAUGAACUUUGCACCGAGGCUGCUCCUCCGCCACCACCGCCUGCUCCACCGGCCACCACUACAGCACCGGCUCCCUCCCUGUUUGCCGAUCUGCCGCAGGAGUUCCCACUCACCAGGUCCGUGUCCACCACCACCGAGAUAUACACGGCACCGGUCGGAUCUGGGACAAGUGCGGCGCCACAAACAGGACAACUGAAGCGGAAACAGCAAAGAAACAUGGCCACCAACACUUCCGGCGUGCAGCUGGAGGAUCAGUCCAGGUUGGGUGGCCUGAAACGGGGCCUGCGAAAAACUAAGGAUGAACUCUUUCAGGAAUUCUGUCGUCGAGCGGGAAUGCGAAGUAAACCGAAGAAUAUUUAUUACAUUAGUGGCAGUGAGGGGGCUGGGGAGGAGGGCGAGGACGAAGGCAGGGCGGUGGAAAUGGAGCGGAGAGAGAAUGCAGGACAUGCGACAGACCCGGAAGUCCUGGACGAUGAUGAUGAGGAUGGCGAUGAUCACGGUUUCAGACAGUUUCGACUCGAAGAAGAUCAACUUUAUGUAGUGGGAGACCACGCCCAGUUGGUUGUCCCACGUCGCUCCUCCAUGGGCUUGGAUCCCUUGGGACAACCUUUGAGGCGUUUGAACUCGAAUCUCUCCCUUCACACGGAGCAGGGAGCUGGAACUGGAAUCGCUGGAGGAGCUUGGCCUCAAAUGCAAAGGAUGCCCUUCCCCCCACCGCCCAGCACCUUGCCACGCUGCUUCCUCCGGCAGUCCUCGGAUUCCCUGCAGAGUGGAGGCUACAAUACCCUGAGCAGCAGCCAGCAGAGGUUCUCCCAACUGAUGUUGCAACAUCAGCAGCAAUUGCAGCAACAGAAUCGCUACCUUUCCACCUUGACCUUGCCGGGAGCUGGGGGAACAGGCUCCGGAGGAGGAGUAGUAGGAGGUGGACAAGUCCCACCAAAAUCACAAGUUCAGUGGCCGGUGGCUAUACCAUCGUCGCCAUCAAACUAUUCCAAUGGUUAUCAGCAACAUCCACAGCCCAUUUAUCCAGGAGGAGGAGGAGGAGGAGCCGGAUCUGUACUGGGAUCUGCAGCAGGAGCAUCUAGCGCAUCCACAUCUCACCCAGCCAAAUUCCAAAGGGCCUAUGCCUUCGACGAUCCCCAAAGAAGGUCCAGCUAUGUGAGCGAUGCCUUUGAUCUGGACGAAAUUGAGCGGGAGCGGCGGAGAUCCCAUGCCAGUCUCUUUGGAUUAUCCCAGGGUAGGGAUCCCUACGAUCUCAUCAAUGGAACAGCAGUCUAA